CACUGUUCAGUGGGACGUUGUGAGAAGAGAGACACGUAUAUACCGCUGUGGUGCGGGAGCCAGUACGACCUGCGAGUGAUAGACAGCGCACAAGCAGGUGCUGGUUCCACAGACAUCAGGAGUCGUGGCCGUGUUCGUGAGAGUAUUGCAGGCUGUGUGUGGAGGUGUGUCCACUGUCUGCGCUACUAUCUGUGCACUCCGUGCUACAUGAAGGACAGACACAGUGUGUGGCAACCAUUUCAUGAGAUAGACUCUCCAGAGAACCCCAGACAGAGGACGAGAGUGCGGUGUCGGUACCAGUCGGGCGUGGUGUGGGGCCAGGGUGUUUGUGGGAGCGAGUGGUGCGUGCGAGACUGGAGAGUGAGUGAUCAAGAUGGAGGUGCGGGGAGAGAGGGGACUGUGGUGGAGGUGUGUGGAUGGCAGAGGAGAGCUCAAGAAGUGUGGCAGUGUGGAGUGGAGAGAAUCAGGUCUGAAGAGAAGUACCGACUCGGGCACAAGGGCAAGGUGGAUCUACAGUGUACAGUGGCAGCUGAAGGAGGACACUGCUAUCUGGACCACCUACCACUGCUAGGAUCUAAGUACAAACCUUCAACUCCCUUCAUCUGCGCUGGCGACAGAGUUCUUCUGGAGGCCGAUCUCCUAAACUCCUCUCAAGAGGAAAUCGGAGUCAGCGAUAUUACCGUUUAUGAAAUGUUGGGACAGGUUGGUUUGAUACACAGAGUAAACGUAGAUGAGGAUAAGACCAAGCUCUUUUUCCGAGGCCAUGGUGUUGGAAUAAUCGUAGCUGCAAAAGCUCUGAAAAGGGUGGAGGGGCCAGAUAUUCUUCCUGAUGAUGUGGUGCGUGUGAUUGAUGACAUGGCAGAGGUCCACAGACUACAGAAGGAUGGCCGUGGAUGGCAUGAUGAUAUGGUUUUGUCUCUAGGUCAGUUGGGGCGUGUGGAGAGAUUUCUGAAUGACGGAACAGCAGUCGUGGUGGUGAAUGGAAAGAGAUGGGCUUUUAAUCCUCUCUGUGUCACAUCUGCUCCUGGAGAACAGCCUGAGGACGAAGGGACUGAAGUGGAGCCAGAAGUUGGUAUCGAGAUGUUGAUGGUAUCGGUUCUGAAGGAGCCCACUCAGGACCUCUUGUUCAAGCUAGUGGCCGUCGGAAACUCUCAAGUACUGGACGACGUCCUCAAGAAAUCUCCAGACAAGGUGAAUCAGAUGUACGAAGGAAGGACUCUGCUUCACGUGGCAGCAGCUGAAGGAAGAAUACCUACCACCAGAGUGCUGCUGGAGUACAAGGCAGACCUGAAUUCCAGAGAUAGGGCUGGGGAGACACCUCUGCACGCUGCAACCCACUACAAUCGCUACCAGGUGGCUAAACUGCUGCUGGAGGAAGGGAGUGAUGUGAAUGCCAGGAGCAGUGUACAGAACACACCGGUCCAUGUAGCCACUGCCUGGGGUCAUUCCAGGCUCCUUGCUCUUUACCUCAGCCAUCCCAAGUGCCUAGUUGAUCCACAGAAUGUUCUUGGCAGUACCCCUCUCUGCAUAUCUUCCCAGUGCUACCGAGUGAACAUAACCAGACAGCUGUUGGAAGCUGGAGCUGACCCUACAUUGAUCUGUAUGAAGGAUGUCAACGCUUUUCUGUUUGCUGCCUGCAAGGAAUACUUUUCUGGUGUGGAGGUGUAUUUGCAGUAUCACCAAGGACUCAUGAACCACGCUAAAGUCGAUGAUGGGUACACUUCACUCCACGUGGCAGCCAGUAUGGACUGCUGCGAUCAUCUCUGCUACCUUGCUGCCACAAGCACCUGUGAUUUGGAGAAGAAAUCAUACCAAGGUUUCACUGCACUGCAUUCGGCCAGUAUUGAGGGGAAUAUUAGGAGUAUUGAGUGUCUGGUGGGCUAUGGAGCUGAUGCAGGGGCAGCAGACACAGAUGGGGUUACUUCACUGCAUCUGUUGCUGGCUAAGAGAAAUUUGAAGCCUCUGUCAGAGUGGACACCGUACUUUAAUAAGUUCCAUGAGUAUGUGCUGGGAGCUGACAAUCGUAUUCAGGAUGUCCCUGUCUUCAUCACUGUGGCCUGUUUCCUGGUCAGUGAAGGAGCCAGUCUGGAGACUACAUCGGUAGAGGGAAUCACUCCUCUUCAUGUGUGUCCACCUGAAUAUGAAUCACUGCUUCAGCUCUUUGCCAGACCUGAAAGGAGAGGUAAUUAUAGAGGGAGCCUACCCAGACAUCCUCCUCCUGUUAGCACCAGACACAUCCAGACACAGGCAAUGUCUGAUUCAAGAAGUAAAGUAGCCAAGGCCUCUGUAGAGAAGACCACACCCACCACUGGGAGUGAGGCCACACCCCCUGAGGUCUCGGUGUCUGGAGGAGACUCUAACAAGAGGGAGGAGAGUGAGGUGGACUCUGUGACUGGACCAAGUUGCUUUCUCUGUGAGGGGCCAUGUGAUAUCUCCUUCCAGCCAUGUGGACACACUGCCAUGUGUGCUGAGUGUGUCCAGAGUGUCAGUGUCAAAAGUUGCCCCAUUUGUAAGACCAGCAUUGAAAACACAAUCAAGAUAAAGCAAUGACAAUCAAUAUGUGAUCAAUUAUGUUCAUUUGUAAAUUGGUAAUUUUCAUGUUUAUGGCGGUCAAACGAGCCCCACCCCUAUUUUUGCGUUAGCUGAAGAAGAGAAUGAUGAGGACAGCCUGCCUAGCUGUUGCCGUUGUUUCAUUGGUGUUCUUGGCAGCCGUGGAAGGCUAUCAUACGCCGGUCAGCGAGCUUACGCGGCACCCACAUUGCUGGCCGCUGGAUGCCGACGACGAAAACGACGAAACAAUUGACUGCGGAGACCUCAAAAUGGAGUGGGUGGAUCGGCCCCACGACCUGGAAUUCGUGCAUGGAGAUGUCAUACAUCUCGCUGUAAACAUCACUUCCACCGAUAUCGAAUUUAACGAGAGUCUAGCUGCACUCUGUGAGAAGGACUGUCCUAGUGACUGCAGUGCAACACUGGAGACCUGCUGUGUCCUGGCUGUUGUCAUCAAUUGCGUCAUUCACUCUGAUGAAGACGUGUGUGUUCCCUGGAAAAGCGACAACUUUCUCAUCUCUGAGAUUAACUGCGGGCCCUUUUGGCUCUUACAAUGCCUCAGUAGUACUGUAUGUGGUAGGCAUCAACGUCCUGCUCUACUACGCCCAAGUUGGCAACAUUUCCAUAGUCCUGGCUGACUACAUAGAUGUACGCCCUACUGACUGUGGUGAUGGUGAAUGCCAGGGUUUUGAAGACUGCACUAACUGUCCAGAGGAUUGCUGUGAAACGGAAUAUGCCCUUGUUGCAUUUGCCAUCUUCUUUGGCGGCAUUUUGUGUAUCACGCUGAUUCCUGCUGUCUCGAUCACAAUUUCCAUCGCAGUGUGUAUCUGGCACCGCAAUAGGAAACGCUUGAAAGACGAGAGUUGGAUCAUCAGCUACAACGACAUCGCCACCAGUAAGCCAUGUACCAACUAACACACUUCUGUAAAGUGUUCUUUUUCCCUCGUUUUCUGUGACUUAGACCCAGGGAAAAGAGCCAUGUCCAGUCUCCUAAGUCUCAACAAGAGAAAAGGUAGUCCUGCUACUUCUCUCGCUUCUUCAUUAGACUUGAACGCACAGCAGGUCUUCACUGAAAUUGGAGCAUACAAUGGUAAAACUGUGGCAAUCAGAAGAGUUCAAAUAACACGCUCCACUAUAACUGGGUACAGUGGUAUUUCAUCCCAAGUAAGGAAACAAGUCAUUGAAAUAAGGUAUCUGGAGCACAAGAACUUGUGUAAGUUCAUAGGAGCUACACUGAGGGAUCCUCCACCUAACAUAGCCAUCAUCAGUGAAUACUGCUCAAAGGGUAGCCUCAAUGACGUCCUCCUGAACGAGGACGUUCCCCUCAGCUGGAACUUUAGGAUGUCAUUUGCCGAGGACAUAGCUCGUGGGAUGGCCUUUCUGCACUCCCACGGCAUUGCACACGGCAGACUCACCUCGUCCAACUGUGUCAUUGAUGACAGAUGGGUCACUAAAGUAACAGAUUAUGGCCUGCCUGCUCUGAGGUACAGUGGGGAGGAAGAUGGAGAAGAGGCUGGAGAACAGCUACGGAACGGCAUUCCAAAGGUGUAUCGUGCCCCUGAAGUGCGUCAUCUCCCUCUACGGAAACCCUCCAGCUCUCCGCCUGCAGAUGUGUACAGCUUUGCCAUCAUCCUGUAUGAAAUAGCAACUGGAAUGGAUCCACGCUCUGAGAUUUCAUGGCAACUGGACACCAACUUUAAGCCAAAGAUCAACCAGGGUCAGUUGAAUAGCACAGAGUGUCCUUGCUCCAAAGAAUACCUCAAUCUGAUCAACAAGUGCUGGACCUUCAGUCCCCAGACUAGACCACUAUUCCCAAGAGUCAAGAGAGAGCUGAAGCAGAUUAACCCUUCAAACACCAGCGCCAUUGACAACAUGAUGCAACUGAUGGAGAAAUACUCAAAGCACCUGGAGACGCUUGUGAAAGAGAGAACCGCAGAGCUUGAGGUGGAGAAGGAAAAGGCUACAGAUCUCCUCUACAGAAUGAUACCUCAGGCAGUAGCAGAAGAGCUAAAGAAUGGCAAGAUGGUGAAUGCAGAAGAGUUCGAUGGGGUUACCAUUUUCUUCAGCGACAUAGUUGGUUUCACAACGCUGGCAGGAGAUAGCUCGCCCAUGCAGAUUGUCGAGCUCCUCAACAACUUGUACACAGAGUUUGACGAAGUCCUCGACCAUUUUGAUGUGUACAAAGUUGAGACCAUUGGAGAUGCCUAUAUGGUGGUAUCGGGAGUACCAAGACCCAACGGAGACCAACACGCCGGAGAGAUUGCAAGGAUGGCUCUCAAGCUGGUCGCCUGCUGCGAGACCUUCACCAUCCCACACAAGGCCGGGACCCGCCUCCAGAUACGGGCCGGGGUACACUCAGGCUCGGUGUGUGCCGGCAUCGUGGGGAAGAAGAUGCCACGCUACUGUCUCUUUGGAGAUACCGUCAACACUGCCAGUCGCAUGGAGAGCAACAGCAAGGCAAUGAGUAUACAGUGCAGUGACACCACUUACAAGCUCCUGGAAAAAUUGGGAGGGUUUAUCCUCGAGAGCAGGGGGGAAAUCAGCAUCAAGGGGAAGGGUACCAUGAACACCUGGUGGCUGAAGGGUUACACAGAGCCAGACAUUGUAAUCCUCCCUCCACCUCGGGAAGACACCCCCACCUCCCCCACCUCCCCCACCACCAAGGAACCCAUCCGAGACGCUCCGAGGAAGUUCAGCAGCUUUGGAGAGAAAUACACAGAUACCCGUGCGUCUACUAGCAGUCUUCCACGAGGGCUAAGUUCCACUACACUCGACGUGUACAAGAGACACCAGAGCCUCCAAACCAGUAGCUUCAGCAACCUCUUGUCGGCUGAAGAGGGUGAAAGACUAUGCAAGGAAAAGACUGCGACUUCGAAAAGAUCCGUGACGAUCCCGCGAGAGAUAUCUAGUAGCAAGUCUACCACCGAGCUACCUCAGACCACGCAGUCGACUACACUGGCACAUCGAUUAUCUGUGCCACAGACCACAGUCAGUACCUUCGCUUCGGGGGUUCGGAGGGUGACUCAGCCCAACGUGGAGACAGUGGGGCUGGGCUCUAGUUCUAGGGCCAGGGAACCAGGGGAUAGGAAAGUCUCUCGAACCAGUGUCACCAGCAGAGAGCACCCAUUACAGAUGACUGUCGCUCCCUCUUGACUGCAGAAAUGAAACCGAACUUUGAAUAUUGUGUUCCAUGUCCAAAAACCAGUGUCACAUAGCUAUCAGCUGCACAUACAGCAAGGGGUGGACACCAGUACUUUUACAUAGGACCCAUAAACGGAGCCACGA